UCUGAGGUUUUAGGUGGAUUGGUGUUUAAAACUCUGGUUAUUAAUAUCAAUUACCAUGGCAACGCUCCCCCGGCUAUUGGCCUUCAUGGGUUUUAUUGCAGCAGUUUGGUGCAAUACUUGCUUUGAUGAUCUGGGUUGUUUCGAUUCACCCCAUGACUGUCACAGGAUGACCCCAAGCAACCCUGCCGACAUCGGAACCACAUUCCAAGUCUUCACCCGAGACAACCCGAAGAUCGGCGAUGUCCUGGAUCGUAAGAAUUUGGAUACCAUCAGGGGAUCGCGUUUCAGUCCGAGCAGGGAGACCAAGAUCUUUGUGCAUGGAUGGAAAGAUAGCAUGCAGUGGGGAAGCUGGGAGAAAUUUAGAGAUAGAUUCCUUGAUACGUAUGAUGUGAACGUGAUCUAUGUAGACUGGUCGAAGGGUUCUGGGAUGGGGUACCUGAAGAGCACAGCCAAUACCCGCGUGGUCGGCAGGGAGAUCGCUAAGCUCAUUGAGGCUUUCAACGCUGCUACCGGUGCUACCUUCGACUCCAUGCACAUCAUCGGGCACAGCCUCGGGGCUCACACGGCGGGGUAUGCGGGAGAGGCAUGCCAGGACCCGACAUCGAACAAGGGAGAGGCAGUCGGCAGAAUUACAGGAUUGGAUCCUGCCGGUCCAGAGUUCAGUGGUAAUCUUGAUAACGCCUGUCGUUUGGAUCGGUCGGAUGCUCCCUUUGUUGACAUCAUGCAUACUGAUGGCGAGGUCGUAGGGGGCGCUGGACUCAUGGAUCAGUUGGGUCAUCAAGAUUUCUACCCUAAUGGCGGCAAGAACAUGCCCGGAUGUUCGGUGGUCGCUCCGAUGUGUGAUCAUAACCGAGUCACGGCAUUCUUCCUGGAGAGCAUCGCGUCAUCAUGUUCGUUCUCCUCAACGAAGAAGGGAGCGACGUGGGAGGACAUCGAAGCCGGACGAACGACGAGAUGCACGACUAAGACAUGCCCUGAUAUGGGCUACAAGGCGGACUUCAACAAGGGGGAAGGGGCAUUCUAUCUGGAGACCAACGCAAAGAGUCCUUACUGCCAGGGGUAAGGGAGGGUGAAAGAAGGGGUAAAAGAAGGAUAGGUGCAGUAAAGGAGGGGUGGGGAGAAGUAAGGAAGUGGGUAAGAAAAGGGUAAUGGAGGAUAAUAUUGAAGGGUAAGGGAGGUGAGCGAGGGGUGAAGGAGAGAUAAGGGAGAUCGAGAUAAGGGAGGGGUUACGGAGGGGUAAAGGAGGGAUGAAGAAGGUAUAAGCGUAGGGAAGGGGAGGGUUAAGGGAAGUGUGCACGAGAAGCAUCGAUUGUUUGCCGUUACUAUGAUUAUAAACUAUAAGAUAUUUGAAUAAAUGAAUCAUCAAACUUAAGAAGAAUGAUAUUUAGUUGACAACAUUAAAGCAUAACGAUGAACUGAAGAAAUGAAAUGUACAUAUUACUGUGCAUCUUUAAUAAAUAGCAGAAAAAGAACGUAUCGUCGAAAAGACGUUUUGCGAAUGUGCACUCAAUGAUAAGUAUAACAAAGUCAUAUAUUUGCAAAAAGAACACGGGUAUGAUAAUUAUUUCGAAUUCUGAUUAAUAAACGUUAAUUAAAACAAAUUACAACAAAAUUAUGGAGUACUAUGGACAAUGUAGUACCUAUGCGAUUUUGCGAGAUAUCCUGAUUUUAUUCGAUUCCACUACCAGCAUGGCAUUUGUUUUUAUAAAUUAUUUGUUUGUAAUUGAUAGAUAAUGUUAUAUACAAUGACAGUUGAAA